GUUUCGCCACGGGCCCAGACAGGGGGACAUCUGCUCGGGCUGACGCACAACGUGUCCCAACUACGUAUUUUUUUUGUUUUGUUGUUGUUGCCUGUUUGGGAUUCCUUCUUGGAUGGCCUGUAACAAAGAUUGUAUCUGUACUGGAUUGAGUCUAUCAAAUAAACAAGAACAACGUGGGGCUAAGUUUUGAAAACAGCGUAUAAAUACGCAUGUAUAUGCUAUUUACGGCUCAUACUAGUGCACCCUCUUCGCAAACACCACUGCAGCAAGCAGGCGAAACUCAGGUGGUGGGGCAAUGUUUACACUGACACCCUCCUGACCAGUCCAACAGUUACCCAGGCCCCCCUCCCUUUACCCCUCCCAUUCCUCACCUCUACCCCCUUCCACAACCUUUCCACCAUUCACUAUGAAUGAGGCCAGCGUAGUCAGGGAAGGAUGGCUCCACAAGAGAGGUGAGUACAUCAAGACUUGGAGGCCGCGCUACUUCAUCCUGAAGAGUGACGGCUCCUUCAUCGGCUACAAAGAGAAGCCUGAGCUGUCCGACCAGAGCUUGCCCCCUCUCAACAAUUUCUCAGUGGGAGAAUGCCAGCUGAUGAAAACGGAGCGGCCCAAGCCAAACACGUUCGUUAUCCGCUGCCUGCAGUGGACCACUGUCAUCGAGAGGACCUUCCACGUAGAAAGCAAUGCAGAGAGAGAGGGGUGGAUGCGUGCCAUCCAGGCAGUGGCCAAUGGGUUGAAGGUACGAGAGGAGGAGGAGCCCAUGGACCUGUUUGGUUCUCCCAGCGACAGCAGCAGCAUGGAGGAGAUGGAGGUGGCCAUGUCCAAGACCAACUCCAAAGUGACGAUGAGUGACUUUGACUACCUGAAGCUGCUGGGGAAGGGCACGUUUGGCAAGGUGAUCCUGGUCAAGGAGAAAGCCACGGGGAUGUACUACGCCAUGAAGAUCCUGCGCAAGGAGGUCAUCAUCGCUAAGGACGAGGUAGCACACACGGUUACAGAGAGCAGAGUGUUACAGAACACCCGGCAUCCCUUCCUCACGACACUGAAAUACGCUUUCCAGACUCAUGACCGAUUAUGUUUUGUGAUGGAAUAUGCCAACGGAGGAGAGCUCUUCUUCCACCUGUCUCGGGAUCGUGUGUUCACGGAAGACCGGGCCCGUUUCUAUGGCGCUGAGAUCGUAUCUGCGUUGGAGUACCUCCACUCUCGUGACGUGGUAUACAGGGACCUGAAGCUGGAGAAUCUAAUGCUGGACAAUGACGGACAUGUUAAAAUCACAGACUUUGGGCUGUGUAAGGAGGGCAUCACGGACGGUGCCACCAUGAAGACCUUCUGCGGCACCCCGGAGUACCUGGCGCCGGAGGUGCUGGAGGACAAUGACUACGGCCGGGCGGUGGACUGGUGGGGCCUGGGCGUGGUCAUGUACGAGAUGAUGUGCGGUCGGCUGCCCUUCUACAACCAAGACCACGAGCGACUUUUUGAGCUCAUCCUCAUGGAGGAGAUCCGAUUCCCCAAGAACCUGGCUCCAGAGGGCAGGGCCCUGCUCACCGGCCUGCUCAAAAAGGAUCCCAAGCAAAGGUUAGGGGGAGGACCGGAUGAUGCCAAAGAAGUGAUGUCCCACAAGUUCUUCAGCGCCAUCAACUGGCAGGACGUGGUAGAUAGAAAGCUGACUCCGCCCUUCAAGCCUCAGGUGACGUCAGAGACUGAUACACGUUACUUCGACGACGAGUUCACGGCACAGACCAUCACCGUCACACCUCCAGACAAGUAUACCAACCUGGACUGUGGCAUCCCCAACCAGCCAGCACACUUCCCCCAGUUCUCUUACUCUGCCAGCAUACGAGAGUGACCCUGUCUUUACCAUACACACUGAAGAUAUGCAUAGCGCAUCAGCUCACACUCUCAUACACACACACACACACACACACACACACACACACACUUUCUUGUAAAAAAAAAGACUGCAAGCUUGAGACUCCACAUAGGCCAAUGGAUCUCUGGUCACAGCGGGGAUUUAAGUGCCUAGUCUUGCAGCCAUCUUGUCUGCUCAAACCCCGCCUACACUACAGUCACGCACAACAGCAGCCUGUGAACUGCACAGGACCUCAGUCAAUACCUCACGUCGUCAACAUCAGCAGCAGUAGCAUAUCAUCCACGCAGGGAUAACUAUAAUCUAUAGGUGGUGUUAAAGGACACUACUGCUCCUCACUGGAAGGUCUAGUACAGGGCUGCCCAAUCCUCUUCCUGAAGAUCUACCGUCCUGUGGGUUUUCAGUCCAACCCUCUUCCUGAAGAUCUACCGUCCUGUGGGUUUUCAGUCCAACCCUCUUCCUGAAGAUCUACCGCCCUGUGGGUUUUCAGUCCAACCCUCUUCCUGAAGAUCUACCGUCCUGUGGGUUUUCAGUCCAACCCUCUUCCUGAAGAUCUACCGUCCUGUGGGUUUUCAGUCCAACCCUCUUCCUGAAGAUCUACCGUCCUGUGGGUUUUCAGUCCAACCCUCUUCCUGAAGAUCUACCGUCCUGUGGGUUUUCAGUCCAACCCUCUUCCUGAAGAUCUACCGUCCUGUGGGUUUUCAGUCCAACCCUAAUUUAACACACCUGAUUCUACUAAUUAGCUUCUCAACAGGACCUUAACUAGCUGAAUCAGAACUGGUAAAUUAGGGUUGGACUCUGAACCUGCAGGGCAGUAGAUCUCCAGGAAGAGGGUUGGACUGAAAACCCACAGGACGGUAGAUCUUCAGGAAGAGGGUUGGGCAGCCCUGGUCUAGUACCUAUAGGUGAUCCUAUAGGACACUACUGCUCCUCACAGGGAGGACUAGGACCUAUAGGUGGUCCUAUAGGACACUACUGCUCCUCACAGGGAGGACUAGGACCUAAAGGUGGUCCUAUAGGACACUACUGCUCCUCACAGGGAGGACCAGGACCUAUAGGACACUACUGCUCCUCACAGAGAGGACUAGGAUCUAUAGGACACUACUGCUCCUCACAGGGAGGACUAGGACCUAUAGGACAUUACUGCUCCUCACAGAGAGGACUAGGGCCUAUAGGACACUACUGCUCCUCACAGGGAGGACUAGGACCUAUAGGACAUUACUGCUCCUCACAGAGAGGACUAGGACCUAUAGGACACUACUGCUCCUCACAGGGAGGACUAGGGCCUAUAGGACACUACUGCUCCUCACAGAGAGGACUAGGACCUAUAGGACAUUACUGCUCCUCACAGGGAGGACUAGGACCUAUAGGACACUACUGCUCCUCACAGGGAGGACUAGGACCUAUAGGACACUACUGCUCCUCACAGGGAGGACUAGGACCUAUAGGACAUUACUGCUCCUCACAGAGAGGACUAGGGCCUAUAGGACACUACUGCUCCUCACAGGGAGGACUAGGACCUAUAGGACAUUACUGCUCCUCACAGAGAGGACUAGGACCUAUAGGACACUACUGCUCCUCACAGGGAGGACUAGGGCCUAUAGGACACUACUGCUCCUCACAGAGAGGACUAGGACCUAUAGGACAUUACUGCUCCUCACAGAGAGGACUAGGACCUAUAGGACACUACUGCUCCUCACAGGGAGGACUAGGACCUAUAGGACACUACUGCUCCUCACAGAGAGGACUAGGACCUAUAGGACACUACUGCUCCUCUGAUUUGGAUGGAAUUGAGACACUGAUCUCUUACACUCAAUUUCUUUCUUUCUCGCUCUCAUUUUUGUUCUUUGUUUGUCGCUCCCUCUUUUCCCCUCUCUGUCCCCCCUCGUCCUUCUCACACUAACCCACUCACUCACACUGCUGGGUAGAAGAAAAAAACACUGAUGUGAUUAUUGUUUUCACAAAUGAGAAACAAAAGUUUUCUCUCACGCAUUGUUACAGUUUAUAAGGAGUUAUAUGUCUGAUUUAUUCAAGUGCUCUUUUCUGUAACUAGCUGUUACCAAUAGUGUUGAAGUGGUCCUACUGGGGGGGGGGGGGUAAACAAUGAAGCUGUUUCUCUGUCAAUGUGAUUGUGUGCUUGGAGAAAAGGUGGGACAACCAAAACUGAAUGUCUGCAUUUUGUGUUUGUAUGUGUGCGUAUGUCAGUGAAGUCGUGUGUGUGUGUGUGUGUGUGAGCACUCAAAUGUAAACGAGCAUGACGUGCAUCGGUAUCAGUAGAAUGAUUGGCGACAUCACACUACAGAGUUUUUCCGACUCAGAGCUCAAAAACCUACUCUGGAUUUACAAAAAGCGAUGCAGGAGGGAGUACUACUUUUUAACUGUAAUUCAGUGAAAUUAACUAGUAUUGCUCUAUUUCUUUUUCUUUUUUGACUGGGAUCGUUGUGAACAGAACACAAAGUUGCUACAGAGAAAAUGUAUGAAUGAAUCACUGUACAAGGUGUGUAGGUACGUAUUUUUAAACCCUGUUUUUAAUUCAGGACUUGUCUCAACACCUCUGGUCUUUGAUCGAGACGCACCAGCCAUGUGAUUUACAGCGGUCGACUAGCACUUAGUUACUUAAGCAGACCUCUUUUUACUCAAAUUAUGAGAUUUGUAUGCUUUAUUCUUGUUAUUUUGUUGCUUCGUUUCGUCUUUCAAAUGUCAUAAACGUCUGCUGUACUAUCAGAAAUGGCCACACAGGUGAUGUUGAGUGGAUCAGUGACGGGGCUCCGUUCUGGUCACAACACCGGGUGUGUGUUGAAUGUAGUGAUCACGCCUGCUCCUCUUCGUCUGCUGUCUGACUGCUGACAGUCACUGGUCAACGAGAUCCAGGUUUUCUCUAAUGUCCUGGUAGUCAUGUGAGCCUUGUGUCCAUUGUGUGCCGUUUGGAAAUUGUUUCUGAGACUUAACUAUUAUUGUUUGUUUUUUUGUCUAGUUCUGUUGUUUUCCCACCUCACUGUUUCCCUGACCCCUUUUGAAGACAUUGCUACUCAUUUAACAUUCAUAAAUGUUUAAUUAAAUGAAAGAAAACAGUGUAUGUUUCCCCUAAAGUUAUUCCAAUUAAAAGGAUCCCAUUGUA